AUGUCAUUAACAAUAAUACGAUGUUCGCGUGUCUUGGUGGAGCGCCUCGGUGGCGGAGGGCUGGGUCUGGGCAGUGGAGGGUUCCGCGGCGGAGGUCAGCCCUCGCUAGCGGACUUCCAGCCGCCCUACUUCCCACCGCCCUUUGCACCGCCUGCGCAUCCCGCCACGCCGCAUCAGCAACAAGGCCAUGGCAUGGAUUAUGGAAGCAGUGGAGGUGGAGAAUAUGGUCAGCACUACGCGCCUCAGCAAUUGCUGCCUCGUCACCACGGUCACCACGAGCCGCAUGGCCAUCUGCGCCACCAUCGUGAUCAUCAUGACAUACAUUCGCACCAUUUAUCGCACGGUGGCUUCAGCUAUAGCGGCAGUGAUCGGCGGUCGGAUUAUGGGGUCCGGGAACAGCAUGAGUUGGCGUUACAUCAUGCCCUGCACUCCACAGAUGAAACACAGAAUGCUGGCAUGGAUGACACCACGGGAUUCAUGACAGACUUACCCUUAUUAAAAUCGAUGAAAGGCCGCGAUGGCCUAAGCGCAGGGUCAUGUGCACCAAACGACGUGUUCUGCUCAGUGCCAGGACGCUUGUCACUUCUCUCCUCAACCAGCAAGUACAAAGUGACAGUCGCUGAGGUCCAACGAAGGCUAUCUCCCCCAGAGUGCCUCAACGCGUCGCUGUUAGGAGGAGUCUUACGGAGAGCAAAAAGCAAAAAUGGCGGACGGUUAUUACGAGAGAAAUUAGAAAAAAUAGGCCUUAACCUACCAGCAGGGAGACGGAAAGCCGCGAACGUGACCCUGCUCACUUCAUUAGUAGAAGCUGAAGCAGUGCAUUUAGCCCGUGACUUCGGCUAUGUAUGUGAAACUGAGUUCCCUGCGCGGGCGUUAGCGGAAUACCUUGCGAGACAAUACGCAGAGCAUGACGCUAGACGAAGGCGGGACCUCUUGCAGGCCACGAAGCAGGUUGUCAAAGAAGUAAUGGAUCUUCUAAACCAGGAUAGGUCUCCACUCUGCAAUACUCGGCCGCCGCAUCUCCUUGAACCGGCGAUACAGCGACAUCUAACGCAUUUCUCGCUCAUCUCGCACGGGUUUGGAGGACCGGCCAUUGUUGCAGCCCUCACUGCCAUACAGAAUUUCUUAAACGAGUCGUUGAAGCAUUUAGAUAAAUUAUAUCCUCAAAGCGGUAUGGUUUCGUCAUCGUUAGACAAAACUAAAAUGGACCCUGACAUCAAAAAGUAG